GAGAAGCAGUUGCUAAUGAUUGCAGAAUGGAUCUCCACGAUCCUCAGUACCAGGGCUUCUUCGAUGUCCCCGUAGACAACUUGUACGGCAAGCCUCUUAUCAAGAGAUACAUCCAGCAGAACAUCCCCAACUUCAAGGAUGCUGUUGUCAUCAGCCCUGACGCUGGUGGUGCAAAGCGUGCCACCGCUAUUGCCGAUGAGCUGGACAUGGCCUUUGCCCUGAUUCACAAGGAGCGACGCCCGACCAAGUACACCGAGCAGCGCAACGCCAGCAUGAUGCUGGUGGGCGAUGUCAAGGACAAGGUCUGCAUCCUCGUGGACGAUCUUAUUGACACCGGCAACACCAUCACCCGAGCUGCCAAGCUGCUUAAGAAGGAGGGUGCUACUCACAUCUACGCCCUCUUGACCCACGGCAUUCUCAGCGGUGACGCCAUCCCGCGCAUCAACGCCUCGGCCAUUGACAAGAUGGUCGUCACCAACACUGUCCCCCAGCGAGACCACAUGCGGGUCUGCCCCAAGCUCGAGUGCUUGGACGUCUCUCCCGUCUUCGCGGAGGCGAUUCGCCGUGUCCAUCAUGGCGAAUCCAUCAGCGUCCUUUUCCAGCACAACUAAAAGCAUCAUCACAUGGCGUUUGAAAAGAACAUCGGCUUUUGCAUCGGAGGGUUUAUUGGAUUCCAACAACUUCUAGGGAAUUUCGGCAACCGUGGCUGUUGCUUUUACAGGCGUUUAGCACAGGGAAGUGGGUGGUUGAGUGUGGCAUGUUUUCCUGCCAAGGGCAUACUAGACGUUUCCCCUUUUUUACCGACUAUCUACGACAUACCAGCUCGUUUCCCGUGGAAACAGAGCGGUUCAUAAGCAGCCCCAUCCGGCUUGCCAUAUUGCUACACACGCACACACAAACACAAACACAACACAGGAGAAAGUUACAUAGGACCUCAUCCAUAGCGAUGGUGGCUCUCUGUUCCGCACACCCGAAGAGCGGUGUUGGCUCGAAACGGCGGCUUUGCUAUACACAAACUUUCCAAGUCUUGAUGGAUUACACACUCUUGUCUCUUUUUCUUCUCUCUCUGCGAACUUGGGCUAUUUCCUUGACAAACUUGGGGGGUUGCUGGAGAAGCGGGCUCGCAGUAGUAUCGUCUUUUUCCGUCCACGCAGAACAUGAGAAUCACCGUAGAACCAGCUUCGCCGGUCGUGCACCGUGAGCGCACUCGUAGAUCAUCGUGACAUACAAGAUAGACUAGAAAUCUAGCAAUUAAGAUGAACAGAACCCAU